UAACCAAUUAGGGAUUAAGAUUGGUUCGUAUGACAGUGUCGAGGGUCUAAAUAUGAUAACCUAUCCACGAGAAAACAUCAUGAAAGCCCAUAAUCCUAAUUCGUUGAAAGGGUUGCGAUUGAAGAUUGCUACAGCUGUGACACCUCCUUACGUUAUAAAAACUUCUCAUCCGAAGAAUGGUGAACCGAUCUACACGGGAUCAGUCAUUGAUUUACUAAACAAUAUCUCCCAGCACUUUAAGUUUACUUACGAUCUAUACGAGUCAACGGAAUACGGAGUUACGAGAAAUGGAGAAUGGAACGGCCUUAUCAAAGAACUUCUAGAAGGGAGAGCUGACAUGGCGGCGGCAGGAAUUACCAUCGACCAGCAACGGCUAAAGGCGGUCGAAUUCACCUCGGCGUACCAAUAUAUCACAAUAGAUCUAUUYCUGAGAAAAGACCUGUUAAUWAACAAUGGAGUGGAUCURUAUCACUUUUUAACGCCUUGGGAAUCAAKCUUGUGGCUGGGCUGCCUGUUUYCUACUAUUGUCAUUUCAAUUGCUCUYUUCGUGGUGUCGUAUUAUAGUCCGUAUGAACGAGCYAAGACUGGGUCGAUGUCCAAGUGUAGCCUUUCAGAGUGCUUUUGGUUUUCUAUUGAGUGUAUGCUACAACAAGGUCCUGAGCACUUGCCGAGGUCUAUUUCAGCACGUUUGCUGGUGAGUUUCUUUUGGAUGUUUAUCCUCAUUUCCUUGGCAACGUAUACUGCGAAUUUCACRGCUUUCUUCAAUACUCAACAAGACCACAGCAUUAAGAGCCUCGAGGAAGCCUAUAACCAAGGGUUUUCAUUCGCAAUAGUCAACAARUCAUACCUCUAUUCCUACUUUCGUGACUCUGACUUUGCUGGUCAUAAAAAGAUCUGGAACCGCAAAAUUGUAUUCCCAUCUGGUGAAGAAUGUGUGAAGGCUGUCCGCGAGAAAAACUUCGUCUACUUCUACGAUAAACCGAUAUUGGACUAUCAGGCUAAUAAAAAGCCUUGUGAUUUGACCGUUGUUCCCGGUCUGACUGCUCCACAUGAAUUGGCCUUUGCAUUAAGACCCGGUGACCCUCGUGUAGCGAUGAUAUCAGUGUACAUUUUAAGUCUAAGAGAAAGUGGUUUUCUCAGAUCAAUGGAACACAAAUGGUGGGGAGGAUCUAACGAGUGCUCGGGCAACAAAGCCUUCGUGCAGUAUCAGAUCACCUUGAGUAAGAUGUCUGGUGUGUUCGUGGCUAUUUUUGUGGGCAUGGCGCUUUCCUUUUUUGUCCUAAUUAUAGAGAUAUUACGGGAUAGAAGGCAAAGGUCGCGCGCACAACGGAUCGCAAGAGAAAAAUCUUCCGAAUAACAAGAAAUGUGGCAAUYUCUGGUUCUGGAUCAGAUAAAUAUGCAACGUUCCGAGUGAUCCUGCAUAAGUGUCGCAAAAACUGAACUGAUAUCAUCGUAMCUCUACCACCGAAGGGAAUUUUUAGUACUGAGAAAUUCAAGCCAUAUUUGCCUAAAAAUCACGCUACUACAUUAUCAUUACUCCUAGAGAAUGUCAUUCUAUUAAAUACAUGCAAUCUUAUGUCACUGAGACACUACUGAACUCAUAACUAUAUGCUUUCCCAUGCUACCAUUCGGUUUUAGCUUCGAUAAUGUAACCUUCUAAGACGCGCAGCGUGGACUUUUUGUCUAGUACGCACAUGUCAUGGUGGACCGCGACACAUAUUAUGGAUUGGGGGGCUAGCGGGAGUAUUAAUUGGGUUCUUGGGGUCCUCCCCAGGAAAUUUUGAAAUAAUAACUCUUAGAAGUGCGAUUUCCAGCGRUUUGAGGGUCUUUUUGAUAACRAAGCCUUGGUUGGAGAAAGCAAGCAUAGAAAAUUAUAUAAUAAAAAUCCCGAAAAUUGUUAUAUAAUUUCUACGUACGCAGGUGCGUAUAUGCGUAAAGGACGCUACGCYCCUGCUUCUGGAACUCGACCACGUUUUUUAAAAUACAGCAAUGUCAAUAUAGGGCUACCUCAAUUCACACUAUACAUGUAUUCAUGAAAAAGAUAUGCCUAAUUUGAAGUACUAAAGCGCAGUAGAGUAUUAAAUAAUUCCAUGGUUCCAA